UUUCAAUGACCGGCCAUGGGCAUACCGUCGUGGUCUCGUCCUCACAAGGGCGUCUUCAAGCCAAACUUGACGUCAUCCUCACAUAAAGAGAUGUGGUUGUUUACUGCGACAGCAUUUGCAGACUCUCACAGCGUAGACCGCUAUAUUUCCGAGAACAACUUCUCUGCGACGCACAUGACGUCGGCCUCGUUCGCUACAGCAUUGAUUGUCGUGGCCUCCGAAAUGCACGCGCAGAUGCCACCAGUCUCGAAGUUUAUGAGGGGCGCAAGGUCCCGGACAAGUUACGUAGCGCCAAAGUAUCGCGGAGUCGUUAGCUUGUCCAUCUUCCAAACGAAUGAACAAUACCGCAGGAGCACGAGCUCGAAUCCCUGCAGUGGCAACGCUUAUGGAGUGCGCUGGCCAUCUGUGUCACACCGAGGACCCCCAAUACCCGAAAUGGUUCCUGAGCUCAUAGUGCCUGACCUCACAAACUGUCAGUUGGGUCCAUAUGUCUCAUACCGUGCACCUGAAGUGUGCCAAGGGCCAUUCACAGCGCGGGACCUGUUUGAUGCAGUCUACUCUGAUGCAGUGGCCAAGGACUUCAAGGAUGGGCAAGCAGACAAGAGUGUCAGGCACCUGGAUGAACAGCCAAGUCCCGAAGACGCACGCGUGCGGGCACGCCAAACCGGCAGUGACAUCUUUCCACCACUGUGGCGGGUACGCAAGAUGGAAGAUCAAUAGGCGGGAUUUGUUUACAUUUGUAGAUUUUAUAUUAAAUGUCCCAUUUCUGAGUUACAA